UUAAGUUUAUUAUAAUGAAUAACUGCUCUUUCAUCUUAUUUCUAAUGAUCUUAUCUUUGAAGAGAUUUACAGUAAAGACGACUUUAUUCUAGUGAGUCAUAUAUUUAUGUUACAUGAUAGAAAAAUAUCCAGAUAUGAAUACAAAUGUUUGCAUCUACUCGUGUUAUGCGAGGAUAAAACCCGCGACAUUCUACUAGUAAGGCUGUGUAAACGACUAAAUCACCGGGGCCGAAAGCUGUAAUUGAUUUAUUAUUAAAAUGGAUGCAUAAAUGGUUGUUUGUUGCUCUGUUUGUUGUUUGUUGAUACAAAAACUCCUGAAUAGAUUUUAAUGAAGCUAAUUUACAAUUGACAUUUACUUUGAUUACUUUUUGGUUUGAUCAUUUGUAAUUGAAAUAUAAAUUCCGCUUCUAAACACAACAACGCUGUAAGACUUUAGUCAUUCAUUUAUUUUUAAUUAUUUUAUAAAACAAAGCAGGUGUGUUGUCGUUUUUAAUAUUAGUGGCACGAUAAGAUUAACAAGAUAAUAGUUCGAUAAAUCAAAAUGAAUCAGUUACUUAGAUAAUUUACAUUUAUAUAAUAUAAUAAUUAAGACAAACUGUUAGACAGUCACCUACUAGUGCCAACGUCGUGUGUUUUGUGAACAGAACAGAAAAAAGUCAAAUUUUUAAAAUGGGACAAAAAUAUUUAUUUGUUCUUACUUUAAUGUUUUGUGUGAUUUCGGGAGUGUACAGCUUAGAAUGUUACGUCUGCAGAGACUGUACAGAAGUUACAGAUGAUGAUGUGCAAAAUUGCGAAGCAGCUUUAACAACUACAUCUACAUCAACAACAACAAUAACAACAUCAACUGAGUCUCCAAGUAGUAGUAGUCCAUCUACUGUAUCUGCUGAAGAAGAAACUAGUGAUGAUUCUAAUAGUACUACUACCGAAGACCCGCAAAUAUAUAUAAAAGCGUCAAGGUUUAAGCGACAUGUUCAAAACAAUAGCCCUUGUUUCUGUAAAGAUGUCAAUAAUUGCAAGUGCAAUGGACGUUACUCUAGACUAGGAAGAGACGAUGAGACAACAUAUGUUUGUGUUAAGGAUGAAAUCAUUAUUAAUGGCGAAACUACUAUCAACAGAGGAUGUUCUAUCCAGCAGGACACUGUGGCGACAACAUGUUCAAUAGUUUAUUUCGCCCCUAACUGCAAUACUUGCAACUCUGAUAGAUGUAACUCUGCAGUAACAUACAAAUCAUCAUUAGUUGUCCUAAUUUCAGUAUAUCUGUUAUCAUUUGUAUGAUAUAAUUACAGAAUUAUAACGUAUA